GAAGUUAAACGAGAAAACAAAAAAGGCAAAAUCGUAAUCGGCGUUAAUGGGCUUCCAAGACCUCUGUUACCGGAAACAUCACAAAAAGCUCAAGCAGUUCCAGAGGGUGGAGAUAAAAGUGAAGAUGGACUGCGAAGGGUGCGAGAGACGGGUGAGGAAGUCGGUGGAAGGCAUGAAAGGAGUCAGCAAAGUCACCGUCGAUCCUAAACAGAGCAAACUCACGGUGGAGGGAUUCGUCCAACCGAGCAAGGUGGUGCAUCGGGUGAUGCAUCGGACGGGGAAGAAGGCGGAGCUGUGGCCUUACGUGCCUUACGAGGUGGUGCCACACCCUUACGCACCUGGUGCCUACGACAAGAAGGCCCCUCCUGGUUACGUUCGUAAUGCACUCGCCGACCCUCUAGUGGCUCCGCUUGCUCGUGCCAGCUCCUUCGAGGUCAAAUACACUUCUGCUUUCAGCGAUGAGAAUCCCAACGCUUGUACCAUCAUGUGAUCUAGUCUUUUUCAAUUUAUAUAUAUAUAUAUAUAUAGUUAACUAUACAUGUGUGUGUGUGUGUGUUUGUAUCAGUAUAUAUACACUUCAAGUAACUCUGAAUGUUGCAUGUAUGAGUCA